AUGAGGAUCAGCACCUCCAAAUCCGAGGCCAUGGUUUUCCACCAAAGAAAGCUGGACUCCCCUCUUCAGGUCUGUGGAGAGUCCUUGUCUCAAGUGGAGGAUUGGAAGGAGGCCUCAUGGAAGGCCCAGGACUAUGUCUCUGAGCUGGCCUGGUGUCACCUUGGGGUCACCCCAGAGCAGCUGGAGGAAGUGUGUGUUGAUCUGGAAGUCUGCACAUCUCUGCUUAAGGCCCAUUCAUACCUCACAAUAAACCAAGUCCUCCCAGCUGCUCUGACUGUGAGUCCCAGCAGAUCUCAGUUCUUUAAAGGAGACUCUGUGUCUCUGAGCUGUGAGGAGAACAACAGCUCUGCUGGAUGGACUGUAUGGAGGAACACAACCAGAGGAACCAGGACUCAGUGUGAAGAUGGAUGGUGGAGAAAAGAAGGUUCUACCUGCAAAACCAGCAGCAUUAGAGAACAUGACAGUGGAGUUUACUGGUGUUGGUCGUCCAGAGAGGGAGCAGCCAGCAGCAGCAUCCAGCUCACUGUCACUGGUGGAUCAGUGAUCCUGCAGAGUCCUGUCCUCCCUGUGAUGGAGGGAGAUGACGUCACUCUGAGCUGUCUAACAAAGACCACUCCCUCCAACCUCCCAGCUGCUUUCUAUAAAGAUGGCUCCCUCAUCAGGACUGAGCCCAAAGGUCACAUGACCCUCCACCAUGUGACCAGCUCUGAUGAAGGCCUCUACAGGUGUAACAUCAGUGGUCAUGGAGAGUCUCCAUCCAGCAGGAUCUCUGUUGAAGGUCAGGAUCAAUGA